AUGUUAUUCAAAAGAAUAAGAUACGCUAAGAGUUACUUUCAUGGUCCAUCCAAUAUUCCGUUAACUUAUAAAACUGUAGGAUAGUAAUUACAUGAUAUCACUGAAAAAUACCCUGAGAAUUUAGCAGUAACUAAGCUAUUUAAAGAUUUGAGGUGGUUUCUUAAUUGCAAGAUAUUCAAAUGAGUUAUAGUGAAUUCUACAAGAGAUCAAAAGAGUUGGCUGCUUCUUUUGUAGCCUUAGGAUUAGAGAAAGGAGAUCGAAUCGGAAUAUUUUCACCAAAUAAUGUAGAAUGGGCAUUAACUUAAUUUGCAGCUGCAAUGGCUGAUUUGAUUUUAGUGAAUAUUAAUCCAGCUUAUUAAACUAAUGAAUUAGAGUAUACUCUAAAUAAAGUUGGAUGUAAAGCUUUAAUUUUAAGAUCUACAUUCAAGCAUUCCAAUUAUGUUUCAAUGAUCAAAGAACUAGCACCUGAAUUAGAUUAACCUGGGAAUUUAAAUUCAAAGAGGAUUCCAACAUUAAGAAGUAUUCAAUAUAAAAUAUUAUUAGGUGUAAUAUUGAUUGAUGAUAUUCAUAAGAAGGGCUUUUUUAAUUUUAAAGAGCUCUUCUCUAUGUAUGGUAAUUCCCAUGUCAAUGAAGUUGAUUAACGAAUGUCUAAAUAAGAUCCAGAUGAUAUUACCAAUAUUUAAUUUACAUCUGGAACUACUGGAGCACCUAAAGGAGCUUGUUUAAGUCAUUUAAAUAUACUUAAUAAUGGUAAAUAUGUUGGAGAAAGAGUUCAUUACACAUCAAAUGAUAGAAUAGCUAUAGCAGUACCAUUGUAUCAUUGUUUUGGUAUGGUAAUGGGAAAUUUGGCAUGUAUCAAUUAUGGAUCUACAAUGGUAUAUCCAAGUGAUGGUUUUAGUGCCGGAGCUACUUUAGAAGCUAUUACUAAUUAUAAAUGUACUUCGGUAUAUGGAGUUCCCACUAUGGUAUAAUAUCAUAUUAUUAAUUUAGUUUAUUGAAUAUUUGAAUGAAUAUGAAAGACAUUAAUCUAAAUAUGAUGUAUCAACUUUAAGAACUGGUUUAAUAGCUGGAUCUUUGGCAUCUGAAGCAUUGAUGAAAUAAAUUAUAAAUGUUUUAGGAGUGAGAGAUAUUUCAAAUUGUUAUGGAUAGACAGAAACAAGUCCAGUAACAUCUUAAACAAAAACAACAGAUUCUUUUGAAAUAAAAACAAGUAAGGUAGGACAACCAAUGAAUAUGGAAGUGAAAAUAGUUGAUGGAAAUGGAAAGAUUGUUGGUUAUGAUACUCCAGGAGAAUAUUGUUCAAGAGGAUAUGCAGUAAUGAAAGGAUAUUGGGGUGAUGAAAAGGCUACAAAGAAUACAAUUGAUGAAAAUGGAUUUCUACAUAGUGGAGAUUUAGCUACUAUGGAUAAAAAUGGUUAUGUGGCAAUUGUUGGCAGAAUUAAAGAUAUGAUUAUAAGAGGUGGUGAAAAUAUAUAUCCAAAAGAGAUCGAAGAUUAUUUAUCUCAUAUGAUAGGAGUUGAAUAAGUAUAAGUAGUAGGUUGUUUUGAUGAAAAAUAUGGUGAAGAGGUUGUUGCAUUAAUUAAAAUGAAAAAAGGUGCAGAAGAACUUUCUGGAUUAGAUGUUUAUUAGUUCUGUCAUAAAAAGAUUGCACAUUAUAAAAUUCCUAAAUAUGUUAAAUUUGUAAAUGAUUUCCCUUACACUGUUACUGGAAAACCUUAGAAAUUUAAAAUGAGAGAUGAAAUUAAUAAAGAACUUGAAGAUCCAAAACUUAGAGAAUUGUAUCAAAUUAAAUGAUAAUAUAAAUAUAUUAUAUAUAUU